AUGUACAGAAUAGAUGUUUCAGAUUUUUAUGACUUCCAAGCAUUCAGAAAUAUGUGUCCAUUUCGAGACUAUAACAAAGCAGUCGAGAAUUUGAAACGUUUAGUCAUUUAUGUUGACUCUGCCCCAGAAUGUUAUGUCAUGAAAGAAUGGGAUGUUGUCUUUAACAAACCUAAAGCGACAAUAGUUUCAGAACAAGAAUGUAGACAGAAACUUAAGAAAAUAAAAGUCGUACAAGUUGGCAUGAAGAUGUUAGAUGCUUGGGAUAUCUUAUUGUCAAAACUUGAAGAUUUUUCAGUUCGAGGUAUAAAGUUCUAUACACCUUCUCCAAACUUCUAUUCUAUCUUCACUGGAUAUAAAUAUGAACAAGUAGAAUGGAAAGAAAAUAUUAUAGAAGCUUGGUUAGACCAUGUCAAAGAAAUUAUAUGCAAUGGAAACGAAAAGGUUUAUGAGUAUAUCUUAUGUUGGUUUGCAAACAUCUUACAACAUCCAAGUGCUAAAAAUGAAACUGCUCUCAUUAUAAUUGGAAAACAAGGAACUGGUAAGAAUACUUUCUUUACAGAUAUCUUAUGCAAACUGUUAGAAGGUUAUUCGAAUCCGAAUAUGACAAACUUAGAAAACAUCUGUGGCAAGUUUAACUCCUCACUAGAGAAUAUGAAACUUAUAGUUUGCAAUGAACUUCAAAGUAUAGAUACAACAAAAGUUUUGAACUCAGAUGCUUUGAAGAGUCUUAUAACAGACAAAGUUGGAGUUGUUGAAAGAAAGUAUAAAGACCAAAGAGUUUGUGAAAAUGUUGCAAACUUCAUUAUGGUUUCAAACAAUGCUGUUCCGAUGAAGUUAGAAAGUUCUGACAGAAGAUAUGUAGUUGUCAGAACGUCAGAAGCUCAUAUGCAAGAUACAGAAUAUUUUGACGACUUAGCAGAAACUUUGACAUCUGACUUUUACAACCACUU